GCCACGGCACGCCACAUACUCGUCAAGAAUCCGGACGACAUCGAGAAGAUCCGUGGUGAAUUGGCCAAGGACUCGUUCGCAAAAGUUGCCCAGCAGUUUUCGACUUGUCCGAGUGCCUCGCAAGGAGGAUCACUGGGAUCAUUCUAUCCCGGGACCAUGGUGAAGGAGUUUGACGCCGUUAUCUUUGAUCCGGAAACCAAGUUGGGAGAGGUUGUGGGACCCGUGCAAACCCAAUUUGGCAACCACUUUAUUGUCGUGGACAAACGCUCGGGUGUUUAA